CCUUAUACUAUAAAUAGUAUAAUAAUUUUAUAGAUUAGCAAUGGCAAUGAUUGGUGACGAGACAUUCUCUAUGAUAAGUGACAGCACAGAUGGCUCAUCGCCUUUGCUGUUUUCUGCUUUGUGCAGGAAAGCAGCCAAUGCGUGGAGAAAAGGUUCUCAAGGCUCAUUGUGUGAAGGAAAUUUGUCACCAGUGAUUCCUUCCCAGAGCUUUGAAAGGACCAGUGUAGAUGAAAAUGUCAUCACCACUAAUGUUCCAUCUGAAAGCUCAUCUUCACAACUCCUAAUCACAUAUGACAGCCAGGCAGACCUGUUUGAUUCACAGAAAUCCUCUGACCACACUGACCAACUAAAUAAAAAAAUGAAGCUAUCAGAGGAUUCACAGUUUACCAAGGAGCCUUUGAUUCAUAUUGGCUCUCAAUCACCUGGGAAACUUAAAACAAAUACAGUUCACAGUGUCGGUGGUUCUCAAUCACCUGGGAAACUUAAAACAAAUACAGCUCACAGUGUCAGUGGUUCUCAAUCAGUAGAGUAUGAUAAGCUGCUUGUAGAGUUUCCGACUUGUACACAAAGCUAUCAGGCUUUACCAGAUAGUCGUAAAUCAUUACAGCCCAUCAAAUUAGAUGAUGAUGCAGUCAGUAUGUUUUCAACCAGUACUAUUCCCCCAGUGCAAGACACAUAUUGCCCAUCUGGUCAAGUUUUAUUAUUUUCUCCCAUCCAAUCAGGCCACAAUUUGUCACAUGUACCGCAACCAAAGAAUGUUCAUCCAUGCAAUAUCCAAAAUUCUUCAUCAUCAUCAUCGGACAUCACAAAUCCAAGUAUGACCUCAAGAAAUGUAUGCCAUGAUGGGUCAGUCCAUCCCUCAGUGGGGAUGGCAGCUCAAGACAUAACACAAUCACUCCAUGAUGUCAGCAACAAUUUCAUCCAGCCAAAGUGCCAGUCUGGCGUUAUGGUACACUCCUCUUGUAAGAACAAGGUGGACCUUCCCAGUGGUGAUAAUUCUAGCAUGAAAGAAUUGAACAACUCAUUACACAGAAACCCGGAGAAAAGUUCUGCCAGUAUUGUUAAAAGCACAAAGAGAUCUGCUGAUAUUGUUGCAACUGCUGUGUCAGCUGCAGUCAAAAUGGUAAAUGGUGAGAAAAGAACUAAGGUUGUUGAAACUCAGUUCUUAAAUUGCAGAGACGAUGGGAAGAGGUCAAAGAAUGACUCACUUCAGAAAGAGAAAGUAUUGCUGAAAUCCUCGCAGGUUCAUCAAACAGAGGUGGAUACACUGAACAGAUUAAUUAAUCUGUAUAAAACAACCCUAGAGAAGAUUCCAGAGAAAAAGCCUACUGAUAAACUUCUAGAUAAACUACAGCAUAUCACAGAGAAGCUUAUUCAAAGUCACAAGGAGGAGAAGAUCAAAUUGAAAUCUUUCCACACAAGAUCUGGUCACAUAGACAGUACUAAAAGGGCCAGUAAAAGAUAUGAGACCCUGGUAAAGCAGUUGGAGGAGAGACAAGCUCUGCUGCAUGCAGCUCAGUCACAUCAUCAGGAGCUUCUCUGCAGGAUAUCAUCACUUGAAGACAAAGAAAAGCCACAACGGAGUAUUGAUAUUCAGCUUGCAAGCAGAGAAAACAUAGAUGAAAGCCUAAAAGACAUAACUACAAAAAAUGAUUCUUUUGGAGCUAAAGAAACAGGUUGUUAUAUAUCCAGCAGUCGUUUGUUUAAUUCAGCAAUGAAACAACCUGCCCUUCAAUCGUUUAGAGCAUCACAGUCUUGUUCUACUGGAGUAGCUUCAGUACAGCUAAGUUCAGAAGAGCAAGAGAUUCAUUGCCUUAAAACUAGUCAGAAUGUAGUAGAUCAAAACUCUCAUGACCAACACUGUCACACUGGCUCACUGCAUGCAGAAGUAUCUCUGUCAUUACCCAUGAGCACAGUAACCUCACAGACAGAUACAGUAGUCUCUUCAAACAGUGCAGUGGAUGAAACUCAAUUGGACUUGGUCAAAUUAAGUAAUUCUGACUCUGUGUUGGUUAAAGACCAUUGUUAUAACAAAACGGAAGUUGUAGCGGAUUCUUUGAAUUUAUGCUUAGCAGGGGGCGUACAUAAAGGUAUGCAGACGCAAAUGACACAGACAUGUGACCUGGAGCUUUUCGACAGCUGCAGUGAAGGCUCCUUACCUAGAAUUGCUGGGAUCAGUUCAGUGGUAGAAAAUAAAGGAUUGAAUUCAAUGCCAGGCUUGUCACAGCUUCAAGCUGGUGUUGUAAUGCCUGAGAUAGACCAUGGUAUGCAGAAGCUCUGCAAAGAAAAACAUGUAGGUGAAGUGUGUGAUGUUCAUGUGAAUGAAGUUGAGACUGCUUUAAUUGAUGAUGUGGUCAAUGCAGAUCUCAGCUGUGACAUGGUGGGCAGUAGGCAUAGACAUGAAACAGAACCAUAUAAACUAAAUGAAAUGCACUUGGAAAGUCUCGCACUAGGAUCUGAACUGGAGUGCUCAACGCUAGGGAAACACAUCUCACACAUUGAAGAAGACAAAAGUAAGAACCAACCUUCAGCUGUCCUUAGCUGCAUGAAUUAUCAGACUGGUACCACCCAGGAGGUCAACAUCAAUGCCGCUGAUAAAAUCAAAGGAGAUGUUAUAACACCAAACAAAAGUGUUAAUCGCCCUCCCUCUCUCUGUUCUACCAACAGCAGCAGCGUAUUCCCAGUCUCUUCCAAAGAAAUAAAGAGAAGGAUUGAGAGUAGGGUAGCUAAUUUGAACAAGUCAGUUUCAUUGCCACUAUCUCUGAAUCUUACAAACCCCACAGACAGGUCAGCCCAGCGGAUUAUACCCAAACCUCUUCUGCCAGAUAAUCAUGUGACUGAUAAUUCCAGCAAAAUUUAUCAUACAAAGAAAAUGGCCAUGAAAAAUGUAGAUCUCCAAAGCUCAAGCGACCAUACUUUCUUGACACCCAGCUUCUCACCACAGUGUAAAACACAACAGUUAGAGGUUUCUCGUCUCACUGACCGCACAAUGACCCAUUCACAGCGACCAGUCACCUUAACUAGUGUAUUGGCCAGUAAAACCACAGUGAAAGAAAAGCCUUGCAGAAAGAAGGGAAGGCCUAAAAAGUGUGACCUGCUCAAGGGAGACAAUAUGUGCUCUUCUAAAAAGAGUAAAAAAAACUUACAAAUAAGUAUUAGAGAGUAUUUUCCAAUAGUUAAUGAAGAUUCCUCAGUUCAAUGUGCUGAUACGUUUUUAAGUAAAAACAGUGUUCAUAAUGAACUGCUUGUUUUAGGUAAAAACAGUGAACAGAAGGAUCCAGUCGGUCCAUUUCAGUUUACUGAUCGUAAAAAAACAGAUAUUCCUAAAUCUUUAGAUGCAUCUGAACAAGCCUGUAACAGUGUAAGUUUUGAUUCUGGACGAGAUACUGAGGUACAAACAUCACUAGCUACAGUUGGUCCAAUAUCUACCAUAAAAUCUAUUCAAACCAUAGCAUUGAUAGCGGACUCUGAAGUGACUAAUACAUCCCAAGACUUUCCUGACGCAUUCUGGGAAGAAAGUUUCGCUGACAUCUCUAUGUCAAAAGCUUUCUGGGACAGCGUGGACGUGUGGUGAACAACAGAUGUUAUUAACUGGUGUUUCAGUUGUAAUGUCUCUUAUUAUAUGUGAAAAGUUUGUCUGUUUUUUUUCUUGGCACAGUCUGCAAAACAGCUCACAGCUCAGUAGCAAAAAGCUGGCUAGAAGAAGAAGACGACUUUGUGGGAAGUUGAAAUUCUAUUCUAAAGAGCUGAAGAUAGUACUGAGAGCAGAAAUGAAUUGUUUUGACUGUUAUAUAAGUUGAAACUGACUUGAACCCUACAUCUUGUGUUAUGAGAGACAAAAAGACUACAUCUUCUACACAUAAAAUAGUGUGUUUCAAAAACAGCUGAUAUGUGAAAUGUGUUUUUUUUUCCUGAUGUUGUUUAUUCUGAAGCAAUGGAGAAGAAGGAUUAUAAUUCUCAGUGAUUUUUGGCUUAUUUCAUGGAGACUUCUGUUUGUAUUUUGAUUCUGCCAGGAAGAGAAGAGAAAAAAAAUCAGCCCAACCAGUCACUUCGGGGGAAAACGUUGGGAGCCUGGUACGCGGGGAGUCGAGGACAACUGCAGGGCUGGCCAAUCGAUACUUUGUCUAUCGAUCUUUCAUCGGGAAUUCGUGGUGUGCGGGGACACGUCGGCUGCUGGACCGGACAAAUCUCUAUUUAUCUACAGGCUGCUGGACCAGACAAAUCUUUAUUUAUCUACACUGACAAAAUUAUAGUCAUCUUCAUCUUCACGUUUUUCCAACUUUUUGGGAUUAUUGAAGGCAGGAGUGCAACUGAUACGAUCAGGGCCGGACUUACAAUAGUGCAGAUUGUGAGGCUGCUCAGGGCCUAACUCUUAAUGGGGGCGAAGCCUCCACAAACUAAAAAAUUAAACAUUAAAAUUAAAAAUAAAUAAAAGCACAACAACGGGAUUUAAUUUACAAGAACUUAAUUCUCCUUUUAAAAAAAAAAUGGCAUGAUUUCAAAAAUAAUUCAUAUAAUUUAAGUGUAUUUUUAUAGGCACUUGAACAAUAGAGUUCGGACUUCCACACUCUGUUCAGGGCCUCCACCUCUUUAAAUCCGGCACUAGAGAUUUAUUUGUGCUGCAAGUUUGCAAUUAAGGCUAUUAUAUUAUAAUAAUACUAGGGCUUGUCUUCCAGUCCCAAGAUUAAGGAGGAUUACAUCAUUACACGCGGCUACGCAGUCCACGCUGUGAUCUAUAUUUUUUUGCCAAAUCCAGCGCAGACUUAACCGAUGUCUACAAACAGGGCCGGCCUUAAGCUUAUUUAAACUAGGCAGCCGCCUAGGGCCUCCGAUUGGUGUGGGCCUCACACAGGAAUCAAAACAGUUCUUAUAGAAGAAAUAGCGACAGUUGUGAACAAUUUUAUUGUUGGACUCACUACGUUGUUUUUUUUAAAUAAAUAAAUUAUUAUUUUUUUUCACUGUUUAUUUUUUUUUUCUAUUUCGUGCACCAAAUUCACUUCGCCGAGGGCCUCCAAUAAUCUUAUGGUCGGUCCUGUUGCUGUUGGUCGGUUGAAUUUCUCUUUUCGCCACCUACAUCUACAGCUGUCCUUUGGCAGUAGAUUUGCUCUAGGUCUCCGAAGUGUACUUAAACAGUAGAAUGUCAGAAUUGUACGAAACUUAAGUCUACAUAAAAACUGUGAUCUUCUCGUCGUCUGCUUUUUUUCUCGUUUGACGUCAUGCCAUUCAAGAAAGAUGCCAAGAUUCUCACCGCGAUGUGCCUUUUUUGGCAGAAGUGUUCUCUUUGUUGCCAUUUUGAUAUUUUUAUAUCGAGUCAACAAAAUGAAUAAAAGCAACAACAAAAAAAAAAUAAUUUAAAAAAUGCAGUAACAUAGAAAAAAAGAAGAUAAAGCGAAAUGGGGAAAUGCGACUGCCAUAUAAGGGAACUAAAAGAACAUUAAAAAAAAAAGUAAGAAAUUGAAAAUAGGAAGAUUAUGGGAGACAUAAAGUAAAGUAACUUUUCCAUUUGAGACCAUGCAAUCUAUAUUGCAGAGGAUGUUAAGGUCAUCUGAUUCUUUUGUCAAUGGUUAACGAUCAACCGCCUUUGCUUAUGCUAUUUUCAAUACGCCUAAUUGUAAGAUCACUUUUGCAAUCUAAAUAGCUAAAUAGUAGUUACUUAUUUAUAUAAGUCAACACCCAUCUUGCCAGUGGCGUAGCUAGGGUGGCUGAGAAGGAGGGUCCAAAUUUGAAAAUCUCCCUGAGUGUCCGAAAUUUUAUUUUACAUAAAUAUUACGCCACUAUCUCAUUUCAUCAUGUCGAGUUUUAAAAUGCAGGGCCCCCCUUAAAGAGGUCAAGCCCCCCUAGCUCCAAAAUCCCUAGCUACGCCACUGCAUCCUGCUAACAUACAUAAAUCUGAAAAGAAAAUGAUUCUGUUAUUUUAUAUUAAAUUUCGAUUACAAUUUUCCUUUGUGUUGAUGGAAACCUGUAACCGAUACAUUCU